AUGGCUCAUGGCGGCAAAAUCGACGGCAUCGGCGGGGUUUUCUUCAAGAGCACAGACCCUGACAAGCAAGCUGCGUUUUACAAGAAACACUUCGACAUCAGUCUGGGUAGCUGGCUGCACCAGAAUGCAGGUCCUUCUGUUGUCGCGGCGUUCAAAUCCGAGACGUCCUAUUUCGGACCGGCCGAAAACCGGUUCAUGAUCAAUCUGCGGGUCACGGAUAUCGACGCGUUGAUGGCAAGCCUGAAGGCAGACGGGGUCACCGAACUCGGCUAUGACGAUGAGGAAUACGGCAGGUUUUUCCGUUUUCUCGAUCCGGAAGGCAAUGCGAUCGAACUCUGGCAGCCACCGGAAGGAGACUUGCCGGAGGAGUAG